AUGGAGCCCCCGCGCGACCUAAGCCCGAAGCGGUCAUUCGACGGCGGUCGGCGAGCGUGUUCCCGCACCAACGGUUGGAGCUGGCCUCCUCAUCCCUUGCAGCUCCUGGCCUGGCUCCUCUACGCCUACUUUGCGGCAGUGGGCCUUGGCGUCCUGGUGCCCCUCUUGCCAGCGCACUGGCUGCCUGCCGGCUACAUCUGCACCGGUGUGAUGUUGGCGUGUCAUCUUUGCGCCCACGUCCUGGCGGUCAGCGUGGACCCGGCCGACCGCAACGUCCGAGCCAAGGGGCCGGGCAUGGAGCCUCCGCCGCCUUUCUCCCGGGACCGCGCCUCGGUCGGACGACCCCGCGUCAUCGAGAACUGCCACUGCUACCUCUGCCGGGUGGACGUGGGGCCCAAGUCGAAACACUGCAGCGCGUGCAACAAAUGCGUGGCCGACUUCGAUCAUCACUGUCGGUGGCUCAACAACUGCGUGGGGAGCAGGAACUACAGGUUGUUCCUGUAUAGCGUGGCAUCGGCCGUGUUGGGAGCGUGCGUCCUGCUGACCGUCUCUUCCUACGUUCUGAUGGCCUUUUUCCGGGAGCCCGACGAACGUCACUGGCGGGCGUUCAACCAGACGAAGUGGCCCGAAAGCGCGCCCGCCGCCGUGCCGGCACUAGCCGGCGUCACCGUGGCGCUGGCGUCGCUCGCCGCCGUGCUCCUCUGCCACCUGCUGGCCUUCCACUUUUACCUCAUGUGGAACAGGUUGAGCACGUACGAGUACAUCGUGCGUCAGCGCCACCGCCAGGAAGGGAGACGAAAGACGAGCCCGGAGGACGCCGAGCGAGCUGUCCCUCCCCAGGAAGCCGAGCGGCAGGAAAGUCCGAGGGGAAGUCCGGGAGGAAGUCUGAGCGCGAGUCCGAUGGAAAGUCCAGGCCCGGGCGUCGCCGUCGCACGGUCGUCGCUUCCGGAGCUCCGAGCCCUGCCCGCCAUUAACGCGCCGACGUCCGAGAAGAAAAGGACAACGCGUCAGAGCGCCCACCAGGGGGUCGUCCGGGCCGCCGCGCCUCCCGCCGAGUACUGCUCGGACUCUGCCGAGUCUCUGGAGGAGGUCCCCGUAUUGGCGCUGGCCCGGCUGGGCUCGCGGUCUCGCCGCCAGCCUUCUUUCCCGUUGGCGGGUUCCUGA